GUAUCUGCACGGUGCCAAAAUUAGAGUGAUCUUAGGGCACCUUCGCCGCUGCGGGCCAACGACGCGCCGCUGCUUACCAUCCCGAGUGGGCCUAGUGCAAGCGCCUCCUGCAUCUGCGCGCUCCACUCUCACACUCAGCCCCAGGAAACACUCUCCAAGCUGAAACACAUUUAUCUUCCCUCGACAGCCUUUCUCCAGCAUUGAUUCGAGCUCAAGCGCGUUUGACAUCAAUUCACCUCUGCCCUAGUCACGAGCCAACCGCUACUCUAGUGUGCUUUACGCGUUUGCAGUCGGUUGUCUCAGGAGUCUUCACAUCCACUCAUACCACACGGGGUCUGUUUCAGAAUGAGCUUUGGAAACAAAGGCUACGGCCAGAUAGGAUCAUAUGGCGGUAACCCCUACGAUUCCCGCGACCCGAGCCCGGCUGGCUACAACAACUACAACCAGGGCGGCGGCUAUGGCGAUGUAGAGAUGCAAUCCUACGGUGGUGGCGCAAGCGCGAACCCCAAUGCCAUCCUCGACGAAUGCCGCGAAGUCGACCGCGCCCUCGACGACCUCGAUGCCCAACUCAGCAACCUCGACCGAGUGUUCAAGCAGUCGCUGGCGCGGCCAGACAUGCCCUCGGGCGAAAUCAACAACCUCAGCUCCCAGAUCAUGACGGGGUACCGUGGCCUCGUGACACGCGUAAAAGCAAUUAAGUCGAAGCCCGACUCCGGCCACCCAAGAAAUGCCCCACAAGUCGGCAAGGUCGACCGCAGACUCAAGGCGACUAUCAACAAGUACCAGUCGCUCGAGUCGGAUUUCCGAAGGGAUUCGCAAGCUGCUGCCGAGCGCCAGUACCGCAUUGUGCGCCCAGACGCAACCGAACAAGAGGUCCGAGACGCAGUAGCGGACCCCGAUGCGCCCAUCUUCCAGCAGGCUCUCCUUAACUCAGACCGCCGCGGCCAAGCCUCAUCUACCCUCCGCAAUGUAAAAGAGCGCCACGAGGCCAUCCAGAACAUAGAACGUCAAAUGGUCGAACUCGCCCAACUGUUCCAAGACCUUGACCAGAUCGUCCAGGAGCAAGAACCGCUCGUUGCCAACAUUGAGCAAAAGGGCGAGGAAAUCCACGACAACGUCCAGGCUGCCAACGUCGAAAUCGAUGGUGCUAUCGUCAAGGCGCGUAGCCGUAACCGCAAGAAGUGGUGGUGCCUCCUCGUUAUCCUGCUUAUCAUCAUUAUUGUGGUCGUCAUUGCUGUGGUUGUCACACAGGUUAACAAGGCGGCUGCGAAUACUGUUGCGUAAGAGGCUGACAGGAAGUAGCUGCGAGGAGGAUUCGUGCUGCAUUAACAUGUCGCGUCCCCGACUCGGUACUCACUACAUCUCACGUCUCAGGGCACGUGAGAAUAUCGAUUGCUGUGGGACAUGGCACCACAGCCGCCGUCUCACAUCAACACCACCACAUCCACCGUCUCAUUCUCCCUUUUAGUCUUUUUUGAAAGGCUGGUCCCGUACUCAUAUGUAAUACGCCUGCCUCUCUUGGUGGAUAUGCAUACCCCUCUAGCCGCAUCUCGCUUGUCUGUCAUUUCUUCCCUUGGUCUAGGAAAAUUGGUCUUUCUGUUUUGUUUUGUGGAGGCGCUUUCACGGCGUGUUCGAUUCCCAGCGCUGGCCGAGUUGCUUUGCGCGUUUGCUUUUACACAAAUGUCUUUUUAUAGAGUCAAGCUCACGAGCUAUUGAAAUGGAAGAGGAUUGAAACCUUGAG